AUGGACGCGGCGGCGCUCGACGACGUGAUCCGGCGGCUCCUGGAGGCGCGCGGCGGCCGGACGGUGCGCCCCGCGCAGCUCUCCGACGCGGAGAUCCGCCGCCUCUGCGCCGCCGCCAAGGACGUCUUCCUCAGCCAGCCCAACCUCCUCGAGCUCGAGGCCCCCAUCAAAGUCUGCGGGGACAUCCAUGGCCAAUAUUCUGAUCUUCUUCGAUUAUUUGAGUAUGGUGGUUUCCCACCAGAGGCGAACUAUUUGUUUCUGGGUGACUAUGUUGAUCGUGGCAAACAGAGUAUUGAAACGAUAUGCCUUCUCCUUGCUUACAAGAUUAAGUACCCGGAGAACUUCUUUCUCCUUAGGGGAAACCAUGAAUGUGCCUCUAUCAACAGAAUCUAUGGAUUCUUUGAUGAAUGCAAGAGGAGGUUCAAUGUUCGUCUCUGGAAGGUUUUUACUGACUGUUUUAACUGCCUUCCUGUGGCUGCACUUAUUGAUGACAAGAUCCUGUGCAUGCAUGGGGGUUUAUCACCUGAUUUAAAGAACAUGGACCAGAUACGUAACAUUGCCCGUCCUGUGGAUAUUCCGGACCAUGGUCUCCUCUGUGAUCUGCUAUGGUCAGACCCUGAUAAAGAUGUUGAUGGCUGGGGUGAGAAUGACAGGGGCGUGUCAUACACUUUCGGAGCUGAUAAGGUUGCAGAGUUCCUUGAGAAACAUGAUCUAGAUUUGGUCUGCAGGGCUCACCAGGUGGUGGAGGAUGGAUAUGAAUUCUUUGCAAAGCGUCAGCUCGUAACCAUAUUCUCUGCACCCAACUAUUGUGGCGAGUUCGACAAUGCUGGUGCCAUGAUGAGCAUAGAUGAUUCACUAACAUGCUCAUUCCAGAUCCUUAAACCUUCUGAUAAGAAAGGGAAAGUGCGCUGA